CUUAUUGUGGCUAGCUUCAGAUAGGUAUUUUCACCGAUGACAGCCGUAGGAUGGAGGCAGUAUUAGCAAAGUAUGAAAACCAGAUAAACGUGUUUUCGGAGUUCCUUGAAGACUUGCCUGACACAGAUGAACCUGUGUGGGUUUUAGGAGAGUGUUACAAUGCUAAAACAGGAAAGACGGAGCUACUAUCAGAUGUCCACUCGCGGCUAUGGUUUACCUACAGGAAAAAAUUCUCUCCCAUAGGGGGAACAGGCCCCUCUUCAGAUGCAGGCUGGGGAUGCAUGCUACGCUGUGGGCAGAUGAUCCUUGCACAGGCCCUGGUAUGCUCACAGCUGGGACGAGCCUGGCGUUGGAGGGCAGAGGGAGGACAGCCGGAGAAGUACCAUCGUAUCCUCCACUGUUUCCUGGAUAGGAAAGACAGCUGUUACUCCAUACACCAAAUGGCUCAGAUGGGAGUUGGUGAAGGAAAGUCUGUAGGAGAGUGGUAUGGCCCAAACACAGUUGCACAAGUGCUCAAGAAACUUGCGCUAUUUGAUGACUGGAAUUCUCUUGCUGUGUAUGUGUCAAUGGACAACACCGUGGUGAUCGAGGACAUCAAGAAGCAGUGUCGCCAGGCAAGCAGAUUGCGGCCGAGACCCUGUGGCUGGCAGGAACCCUUCACCUCUAGGGAAACACCAGAACAAGCCUGUUCUCACACGGAUGGGCAUAGAGCCACGACUUGUCCACAUUCCCAGUCCCAUUCUGACUGGAGACCCCUACUGCUGGUCAUACCACUCCGCAUGGGAAUAAACCACAUCAACCCUGUCUACAUCCAGGCCCUCAAGGAGUGUUUUAAAAUGCCACAGUCCUGUGGUGUGCUGGGAGGAAAGCCCAAUCUGGCCUAUUACUUCAUCGGAUUUGUAGGAGAGGAGCUGAUCUACCUGGACCCCCACACCACCCAGUCAGCCGUGGAGGCUGGUAGUGGAGUGGACGACCAGAGCUACCACUGUCUGAGGAGCCCACGCCGCAUGAAGAUCACCAACCUGGACCCCUCUGUGGCCCUGGGAUUUUUUUGUAAGAGUGAAGAUGACUUUGACAGUUGGUGUAACCUGGUCCAGCAGGAGAUUCAGAUGAAGAGGAACCUGAGGAUGUUUGAGCUGGUGGAGAAUCACCCGCCCCACUGGCCCCCCUUCGUUCCUCCCACCAAACCAGAGGUCCAGACCACAGGGGCAGAGUUCAUCGAAUCGACCGACAAGCUGUUUGAGUCUGAAGAGGAGUUUGAGAUCCUCAACGUGUGACCAGCCUCCCAUUCGCUCCCCUCUGCUCAUUCCAGUGGAUGGUGAUUGGGUGGAUUACCUUGGCUCCCAUGUUCCAUACUGUGCUGUAGAAGUGCCUCAGAACAACACCAAGCACAAACUGCUUACCACUUUGCAAAAAAAACACUAACAACCCAGCAAGAGACGAUAAAAACUAGGAAAGAUCCUAGACAACUCAAGACAGAAUUUGUUAUUUUUAUUUUUUACAUUUUUAAAUUAUUUAUAUUUCUUAAUUUUUGGUGGGGUAAUAUUUUUUUUAAACUGCAUUGUUUAAGGGCUUGUAAGCAUUUCACUGUAUACACCUGUUGUAUUUGGCGCAUGUGACAAAUAAAAUGUGAUUUGAAGUCAGGAACAUGGUGUAUACAGUAAACACAAGAUUGGACUGUCUCAUUGUUAUGUUGGAACCAGGAAACAAAGCCAGGGACCAUGGUUGUCUCUACAUGAAACAGGCUUUCUUUGUCUGUGUUAGACUUGUUUAAUGAACAAGAGAGACGAAGACUGUUCAGAUGCAUGAACCGCAUUGUACAGUGAGACUACACGUCUGCUGCAGCAGGGAAAGGACCUCGGUGAAGACAGCAGGGAAAGGACCUCGGUGAAGACAGCAGGGAAAGGACCUUGGUGAAGACAGCAGGGAAAGGACCUCGGGGAAGACAGCAGGGAAAGGACCUCGGUGAAGACAGCAGGGAAAGGACCUCGGUGAAGACAGCAGGGAAAGGACCUCGGUGAAGACAGCAGGGAAAGGACCUCGGUGAAGACAGCAGGGAAAGGACCUCGGUGAAGACAGCAGGGAAAGGACCUAGGUGAAGACAGCAGGGAAAGGACCUCGGUGAAGACAGCAGGGAAAGGACCUCGGUGAAGACAGCAGGGAAAGGACCUCGGUGAAGACAGCAGGGAAAGGACCUCGGUGAAGACAGCAGGGAAAGGACCUCGGUGAAGACAGCAGGGAAAGGACCUCGGUGAAGACAGCAGGGAAAGGACCUCGGUGAAGACAGCAGGGAAAGGACCUAGGUGAAGACAGCAGGGAAAGGACCUAGGUGAAGACAGCAGGGAAAGGACCUAGGUGAAGACAGCAGGGAAAGGACCUAGGUGAAGACAGGCACGAGGAUAUGUCUGAAGAAGCCAUUUCCUCAGCACUAACACCUGACGCCGGGAGACAGAAAUAUGCAGACAGUGUUAAAAUACAAAACAUACAACCAAUAACUUGUUUAUUAAGAAAAGUGCCUCUGAAAUAUAUUUGUGUUCAAUGGUUGGGGAGGGCAAAGGUUUUCCCAAGGUGUGGGAUGUGGAACCCUCAUGUAAAUAUGCCUGACAAUAAAGAUAUUUAAACACUUUG